CUACUAUAAAAGGGGGUCGCGUUCACCUAACCUCACCGCACCGCGUUCAGUUCUCUCUCUAUUCCCUUUUGAGUCCGUUCCCCUCACCACCAUGACGGUUAUUGUACCGGAACCAGUGCUUGAUGAGACCAACAACAUCCAAGGCGAAGAAAGUUUGGUUGAUGAGAUUAACGAUGGGGAUCUAAAGCUUGAUGGAGGUUUCUCUGUUCCUGAUAGCAAUGCUUUUGGCCAUUCUUUCAGGGACUAUGAGAAAGAGAGCGAAAGAAGAGCCAGCGUGGAGGAGUUCUAUCGUACCAACCACAUUUCCCAAACAUUUGAUUUCGCUAACAAGAAGAAGGAAGAGUAUGGGAAACUAAACAGAGCAAUGAUGAGCAUAUGGGAAUGCUGCGAGCUUCUGAACGAGUUUGUGGACGAGAGUGAUCCGGACCUUGAUGAGCCCCAAAUCGAGCAUCUGCUUCAGACUGCAGAGGCUAUUCGUCGCGAUUAUCCUGAUGAGGGCUGGCUCCAUCUCACUGCUCUUAUCCACGAUCUCGGCAAGGUUCUGCUGCAUCCGGCAUUUGGUGGCGAGCCGCAGUGGUGUGUUGUUGGAGACACGUUCCCGCUUGGAUGUGCAUUUGAUGAGAAUAUUGUUCACCACCAGUAUUUUAAGGAGAACCCAGACUACAAUGAUCCUGUAUACAGUACAAAGUUCGGGGUAUACACACAAAACUGUGGGUUAGACAAAGUCACCAUGUCUUGGGGCCACGACGAGUACAUGUACCUGGUGAUGAAGGAGAAUAAGACGACUCUGCCCCCUGCAGCAUUGUUCAUCGUGAGGUUCCACUCGUUCUAUGCGCUGCAUAGAGCUGGAGCCUACACAUAUCUCAUGAAUGACGACGACAAACAGAUGCUCAACUGGCUCCACAUCUUCAACAAAUAUGAUCUAUACAGCAAGAGCAAGGUGAGAAUCAAUCAAGAAGAGGUGAAGCCCUACUACCUCUCUCUCAUCAACAAGUAUUUCCCGGAAAAGCUGAGAUGGUGAAGAGAUGAUAGAUACAUACAUGGAGUGAUAUGUUGUUGCUGCUGCUGUCAUUGUCAUUAUACAAGCCUCAUCAUCAUGAUCAUCACCAUCAUCAAAACUAGCGGUUCAAGUUGCAUCUAGGUCAAUGUUAGUCUCAUCAUCAUCAGUGUUAGCACCAACGUCUCUUUCUUCGUGUUCGCCAUCAAUAAUAAACAAAAUGAAUAUGCGUUGUAGUAUUCAAGUCGUAUUCGUUCUAUGCAUCUUAAUUUGUUUGUUUUCAUGAGCAA